GACAGCACUGGGGCAAAGACGGAAGUGCGUGGGGUGGUGCUGGUGCAGCGAAGGGUCGAGUGGCUAACGCAUAUGAGAACGGUGCCAGGGGCCACGAUUACGGCGACAGAGACCACGCAGGAUUUGCGUACGGAAGCAAGGGUGCCGCCGAUGGCUUCUCGGAAUUCGCCAAGCACGCUGCUGAUGGACACAUUGCGGAUGCUCUGGAAGCCGGAGAGCAUGCGCUUUCAG